GAAAGCUGCAAGCGCAUGUAUAAAGCACAAAGUGACGAAACGGUUCAUAGGAUUACUACUACUACUACUUUAUUUCCUGGAAAAAUAUUACCUAUUUCCAUAAGAAUGAGUAACUUUCGCACUAAAAGAAUUGUUAUUAUUGGUGCUGGUAUGUCAGGUCUAGCAUGUGCAUUUUGUUUGAAAGAAUUGGGCUUUAAUGAAGUUUGUAUACUUGAAGCGCAAGAUCGAAUUGGAGGAAGAUUAAAGACUAUAAAACUUGGUCCUCAUCAUAUAGAAAUGGGUGCCCAGUGGAUUCAUGGCCAAAAAAACAAUAUUAUUUAUAAUAUUGCAAAAUCAAAAGAUCUCGUUGAUGAAAAUGCUCCCAGUUAUAUAAAGACAAUUGAAGACUGUGGAUUUUUACCUGAAGAAACUAAGAAAAUUGUUCAUUUGUUAAUUGAAUAUCUGUAUGAAAAAAUGGAAUCUAUUGAUGAUGAAACAAAAGUUAAUGUUCUUAAUCAUAUGAAAGAGCAAUUUAAUAAAUUUAAAAUAGCACAUCAAUCUUAUACUGAUACUUUAGAAGCAGUUUUUGACUGGUUUUGUAAAUUUCAAUGUGAAUUAAAUGGUUGUUGUAGUUUGGAAGUCUUGUCUAAGACAUCUUUGUGUGCUUAUAAGGAAUGUGACGGUCAUCAGACCGUUGAACUUCAGCAAGGAUAUCAAAGCAUUUUAGAUGUAUUUCUCCAAAAUAUCCCGCAGAAUUGGAUUUUAAAAAAUAGCCAUGUUACUAAAAUUGAUUGGUCAGGUGAUGAAGGUGUUAUGGUAUUUUGUGAAAAUGGAAAAGAAUACUUAGCUCAUCAUGUUGUUGUAACUGUUCCUUUAGGUUAUUUGAAAGAAUAUUCCCAAUCACUAUUUUAUCCCAGCCUUAGUGAAAAGAAACUAAAUGUGAUAUCUUGUUUGGGGUUUGGAGUGGUGAACAAGGUUUUCUUGAACUUUGAAAUACCCUUUUGGGAUGAAUGUACUGUGAUAAAUGUAUUGUGGGAUAAAAAGUUGAAAGAAUAUUUUAAUAACUCAACACAAACUGGUGAAUGGAUUAAAGAUAUCAAUAGAUUUGCUUACACUCUUCAUCAUCCGAACAUGUUGUGUGCUUGGGUUGUUGGUAAAGGUGCUGUUUCUGUAGAGUAUUUAUCAGAUGAAAAAGUUAUAGAAGAUUGUUUGUUUCUUUUAGAGUACAUUUUCGAAAGAGAAUUGUCCUCACCAUCAAAUAUUUUAAGGUCAUCCUGGUCUAAGGAUCCUUACACACUUGGCUCUUAUUCAUAUGUUUCCACGAACUGUGACAGUAAAAAUAUAUCGCACAAAGAUAUUGCUGAUCCUGAAUAUUCUCAUGGGACUCCUGUAUUAUUAUUUGCUGGUGAAGCCUCUCAUGAAUAUUAUUUUUCUACUGUACAUGGAGCCUGUGAAAGCGGUUUUCGUGAAGCUAAGAGACUAUUUCAGUAUUAUAGAAAUCUAGACAAUCAUCUACAUUUUGAUGAAAUAAAUAGCAUUUCUAGUGAAAUGGCAAAUUUAUUAUCAUUAAAGGGAAGGGAAGAAGUGAAAAUUGUUAUUAUAGGAGCAGGUAUUGCUGGUCUUGCUUGUGGAUCCUAUCUCACAAAAAACCAUUUUACUGAUGUUCUUAUUUUAGAAGCUCAAAAUAGAAUUGGUGGCAGAAUUAAUUCUAUUAAACAUGGUAAUGGCUUCCUCGAACUAGGGGCUCAAUGGAUUCAUGGUUCUCAUAAUGAACUCUACAAAUUUGCCAAAGAGAACAGAAUUUUACCUUCUGUGUUAGAUACCUCCUCUUGUGAAGGAAAAGGAGUAUUUUAUACUUCAUCUGGAAAUAUUGUUGAUUCUUUAUUAGUUGAUGAGGUAAAAACUGUUUUAGAUGAUGUUAAAUCAAUGUUAGAGAAAGCAGAUUCAUAUGAAAAAAUAUCUGUUUUAAGUGCCUUCUCAGAUGCCUUUGACUCUUAUCUUACCACAAUUAAUGAUCAAUCGAGGAUCCCAUUAUUAAAAGGAUUGUAUGACUGGUAUAUAAGAUUUGAACUUAUAGAUAAUGCUUGUGAAUCUCUAGAAACAAUUGCGUCUCAAAGUUACGCUGACUGGGAUGAUUGUGAUCCAGAUGUAUACCAUAUAAUGACUGAGAAAGGAUUUUCUUCAAUUAUUGAUGCUCUGGCAACUUUCAUGCCAAAAAGUAAUUUAAUUCUAAAUAAGCCAGUUAAAACACUGACAUGGCAGCCUGAUUUUAAACAGAAAAAAUUUUCAGAUGAAAAACCAGUUUUAAUUGAAUGUGAUGAUGGAGAAACCUUCUCUGCUGAUUGUGUUAUUGUUACCGCAUCUCUUGGGUUCCUUAAAGAAAACUGUCACUCAUUUUUCAAUCCAUCUUUACCUUAUAAUAAGUGUGAUGCUCUUAAUAGGUUUGGUUUUGGAGUUAUUAACAAAUUUUAUUUAGUUUAUGAAAAAGCAUUUUGGCACCCAGAUGACCUUGGAAUUCAACUUGUUUGGGAUGAAAAUCUUAAUGAAGAAAAUCAAAAGUUACUGAAUGAGAAUCCUUGGGUGCGUGGUAUUACAGGAUUUGAUAUUGAUAAAAAAUUGCCGAAUGUUUUACUAGGCUGGAUUGGUGGCAAAGAGGCUAAACUAAGUGAAGAGAUAAGCGAUGAUGAUAUUUGCCUCAUUUCUACAAAACUUUUGAAGAUUUUCUGUAAUCAAAGUGAUCUACCAAGUCCGCUUAAAGUAUAUAGAUCAAAAUGGUAUCAAAAUCCAUAUGUGAGGGGUGCAUACAGCAAUCGCACUCUAAGCUAUUAUGAAUUUGAAUCGACCUUACAUGACCUUCAAUAUCCAUUAUGUUCUACUUAUACUGCAAACACAGGUCUAAAAUUGCAGGCUUCUGAAAUUUUCUGAAUUCACUUCUAUCAAUCAAGAGAGUCAAUCAGAAGAAGCUCUACAUCUGACAGUAUUAGCUAUACAAGAUUUUUUUUCUGGAAUGAAUUAAUAUUGCUCCAUAUUUAUUUCCUUUUGAUUUAUUUUAAUUGUAGAGAAUGUAGAUUCUUUUUGAUUUUAUUUUAAUUGUAGAUAUUCAAUUUCUGAUAACUGCCAUAUUCAAAUCAAAACAAUCUUUAAGUGACUUAUAUAGUGAAUUAAUCUUAAUAUUGUUGCUUAUAUUUAUUAUGUUUAUGUAAUAAAUUAAUAUUUCUUUUUA